UGCGGUCGACCUGAGCGGAGCCGAGAGGAGCGGGCUGUGUGCGGGCUAGACAUCGCACAGAUGAAGGCACCGUCCCGGAGAACAGUCACAUAUUCCUGCGUUUGAUUAUUGCUCCGUAUCAGACGACACUUCCCCUCCGUCCUCCCGCCGGCAGAGCGCCGUCGCUGCGGGUCUUUCAUUCGGAGGGGCCGGGCUGUUUUUUCCUCCGGGAGGCUGAAUGGAAGCAGCAGCCGAGGGAGCGGUCGGGCUGUCGGAGGCCGGGGACGGGAGCCCGCUCUCCGGGGCCGCAGCAUCCGAUGAUGGGGACACGGUGGUCGGAGUGAGCUACGGGAUGGACGCCGCAGACAUGGAUGCUGCUGCUAAGAAAGCCUUCAUCACAGAGAUGCCCUCGUCCUCAGGCCUGCCUGGUCAGGGAAAGAAGAUGGGUCACAGAGGGGUGGAUGCAUCCGGAGAAACUACUUACAAGAAGACCACAUCCUCAGCCUUGAAAGGUGCCAUCCAGCUGGGCAUCGGUUACACGGUUGGCAACCUGAGCUCCAAGCCCGAGAGAGAUGUGUUGAUGCAGGACUUCUACGUGGUGGAGAGCAUCUUUUUCCCCAGUGAAGGCAGCAACCUCACUCCAGCCCACCAUUUCCCAGACUUCCGCUUCAAAACAUACGCUCCCGUGGCCUUCCGCUACUUCAGAGAACUGUUUGGCAUCAGGCCAGAUGACUACCUGUACUCCCUGUGUAACGAGCCCCUUAUUGAGCUGUCCAAUCCUGGAGCCAGUGGUUCAGUCUUCUAUCUUACAAAGGACGACGAGUUCAUCAUCAAGACUGUGAUGCACAAGGAGGCUGAGUUCUUACAGAAACUGCUGCCUGGAUACUACAUGAACUUGAAUCAAAACCCUCGCACUUUGCUGCCCAAGUUUUUCGGUCUCUACUGCGUCCAGUCGGGCGGGAAAAACAUCCGCGUGGUUGUGAUGAACAACGUCCUGCCCCGUGUGGUUCGCAUGCACCUCAAAUUUGACCUGAAGGGCUCCACCUACAAGAGGCGAGCAUCAAAGAAGGAGAGGGAGAAGGCCAGGCCCACUUUCAAAGACCUGGACUUCAUGCAGGACCUGCAGGACGCAUUGAUGCUGGACGUAGACACCUACAAUGCGCUCGUCAAAACCCUACAGAGAGACUGCCUGGUGUUGGAGAGCUUCAAGAUCAUGGACUACAGUCUGUUGCUCGGCGUUCACAACAUAGACCAGGCGGAGAGGGAGAGGCAGAUGGAGGGCGGCAGUGACGAGAAGAGGCCCGUGGCCCAGCAGAAGGCCCUGUACUCCACAGCCAUGGAGUCCAUCCAGGGAGGAGCAGCCUGCGGAGGGUCCAUCGACACUGACGACACGAUGGGCGGUAUCCCAGCUGUCAAUGGAAAGGGAGAGCGACUUCUUCUUUACAUCGGGAUCAUCGAUAUCCUGCAGUCUUACAGGCUAAUCAAGAAACUGGAGCACUCGUGGAAAGCUUUGGUUCACGACGGGGACACCGUGUCGGUCCACCGGCCUGGCUUCUAUGCAGAUAGGUUCUUCAAGUUCAUGAGCAACACGGUUUUCAGGAAGAGUUCCUCCCUGAAGUCGUCUCCAUCUAAGAAGGGUCGAGUGUCUUUGAUGGUGCCUAAGUGCACUGGUCCUGGUGCAGCCUGGUCAGCCAGCCAGCUGCCCUCUGAGAGGGAUGAGAACAUUUACGACCUGAGAGGAGCUCGCAGCUUCCCAACGCUGGAUGACGAGGGUCGACCAGAUCUUCUUCCAUGCACUCCUCCAUCAUUUGAAGAAGCCACCACAGCAUCAAUCGCCACCACUCUGUCUUCGACCACCUCUCUGUCCAUCCCUGAGAGAUCCCCAUGUGACACAGCAGAGAACCCCCGCUACAGGCGACACACCCAGUCUCUCACCCAUGAUGGGAGGACCCAGGAGGAGCUGCGUGUGCGUGAGGAGGAUCAGCAAACCAUCACAGUGGAGGUGGAGUUGAAGAGACACGACAGUGAGCCCACCAUCUCUGUUCCACAACUUUCACCUCAACCCAGCGAGGCUCAGGAAGUAGCCGGCGCCGAGGCUCCGGAUGCUGCAGAGCCUUCCACCUGUUCAUCAGUACCUGAAGCAGCCCCAUCGUCUGCCCCAGCUGUUCCCUCCUCUCCUGGGGAAGCUGAGGAAGCUGCAUCCACACCCAAGUUGGUGGUGGUGGAGGCGGAGGUGGACCGGGCGAGCCAGAUGUCUGGCUCGGGCUGCACCAGCCAGGCUUCAGUUGAUGAUGACGAUGAUGUGCCAAUCACAGAUAUCUACUUUUAAGCCCUGUUCUAUGGCAGAGAGGAGCGGACGUCUCAGUGGAGAGGACUCUUUGGUUCUUUGGUCUGAAGUCCAGAACUCAGCGGUAGCAGCAGGACCUUUUUCCCAAGCAGGAUUUUAAACAGGCAUACAGACAAACGAACACAUCAAGAGAAAACAGUGACUGAAUACCAGAGGGGGAAGAAAAUUCUGAGAGUGAUGAAACCCCUGCCUUUCACCCUUAACAAAUGAAAAUUAUAUAACUUUAAUGAAUAUGUGUUUGUGGGACAUAGUGCAUAUAUGUUUGACAUACAUGGAAGAUGGUUGUACUGUUUGUUGUGUUCAACACUAGCACAGCCCUCCAACAGCUUCUAAACAGGCAUUUCCCACUCAAUCUGCAGAGCAACACACUGAGUUGUGAUGUGAGCGGAGCCGCUGGUUUCCCAAUUAACAAUUUAUUUUUCUCAUAUCUUCAGUGUUACUCAACACAGAUACAUGGGUGUGUUUUUGAUAACAUAAUAAUGCUAUAUGAUCGAGUUGUUGCCUUUGAUUUUUUGUAUUUAAACUUUGUUUCUUAGAGAUCAUGUUUUUUUACAUAAAUGAAACCAGAUAAAUAUAUUACAACAUGAAAAAUCCAUAAGAGUUGCAAAAACUUCAGAUUAUUUUCUUGUUGCUAUUCUCAACAAAAACCCAUAGACCCUGUCCAGACCUGGUAUCUAGAGACAUAAAAACAAUAGAAACCCUAAUGUCGUGGUCAGUGUUGAUAUUGUGGCCGCAAACAAAUCAGCGUCUGGUCACUGAGAAGCGUAAAAGUACGUUUGACUCAAUGUGAAACUGAGUUACAUGUCCUUCAUAUGUGGCCCAGGACAGAUUUGAGUUCUCACUUAUAAAACAAUGUGGUCUGUGAUUUGAUCUCAAGAUGCAUUGAGGACCCAUUUGGGUCACAAAGGGUUUUAGCACUUGAACAUUAGUGAUGGAAUCACUCAGGACAAAAGUUAAUACCAGGUCUAACCAGGGUCAUAGUUUCUGAAUUAAUCCAGAACAGAUCCAGAAUCUGAAAAUGAAUUAUAUAAUAAUGGGGCUCUGAUGUCUUUUACAUUGCACCAAUGAUCAUUAGCUCUUCGCUGCCGUUAGCAGGGAAUGAAACAAACAUUUUAUUGCACCAUUUUCUGGUUUUAUCAAUAUUUUCUAAGACAGUUCGUAAUUUGCUCUGAUGAUUAUCCAGGACAUCUAAGCAGUAGAAGUGCUCGUCAUCCUUGUCAGUGAGGACAAUGUGAAGCUAAGUCUUCCUGUGGCGGCUCUUCACAACUCCACUAACACUAUUUACGAGACGCUUGACCAAUGGGGAGGAGCCUCCAUCGUGCUGCCCACGCCACCUGCAGAUUUCCCUCUGCGGUGAGGAGCGAGUGGUGAAGCCUGAGGUGUUGGAGGUCUGUGCUUAUGAUCGUAGAGCCGGAGGUAGAAUGAUAACCAUGGUUAGACCAAUCAAAAGACACCAUCUAGACGUAGUUCAUCAUCCUCACAUUUCCAGUAGUGAAAAUAAGCAGCUUAGUUUAUAGCAGAGAGAUUUUAAACACUUAAUUUCCUAUAGCGAAUUAACAGUGAUAAAAAGUUUUUGAAUUCAUAAUAAUUUACAAAUUAUAUAACGUUAUUUGCAACAUUUACUGUAUUAUUUCUUAUCAUUUCUUUAGCUGUUAUUACUACUGUGAACUUGUAUUUGUUUUAUCUGUCUGUAUUUUAUUCUGUUCUUUAAAUAUAAUCUUUUACUGGUACUUUUUACUUUAUAACGCUUUCUAGGAUAUUUUUUUCAAUUUGCAUCCAAAGAAGUUACCUUUUAUGUUUUUAUAAUCUGUUCACUGCGGCUUUUAAGCAGUUUCCCAGUUUGUUUUUACGUCACGUUUUGUCGUGUAAGUUCAGUGUUAAUCAUUUCUUCACUGCAUCUCGUGUGGAAACAGCUGAGACUUAUGACUAUUGCCUUCGAUAUAGAUGGAGUUAACUACAACACUGAGGCAGCAGACAUGUCAGUCAGUACAGUGAUGAUCACAUCAUUACAGUGUCUUCCAGUGUUGCCCUAUUUUUGGACAAGACGCACACACAAAAAAACGUCUUCAUUUCAACAAAAAAAAAUGACUGAGGGCGAAGCCAACAUUUGUAAGAGUAGAGUUAAACUGUUUCUUUUAGAGGUGGAAGAAUUAUCAGUAGAUGAGUGACCUUUGCUGUGUCCGAUAGCAGCGCCUCCUCACAAUGACAAAUCCACUGACCUGGACAUUUCUGAUGUGUGUAGAUGUAGAGCAGCAGUUGUCGUAUUUGCCGUCAAUAUCGUACCUGUUAUCUGUAUAUUACAACAAACAUGGUGCGUUGCAGUGAUGACUUGUUGAGACGCAGCGGUUUGUAAAAAAAAAAAAAAAAAAAGGGUUGAAUGUUGUUUGCACUUCUGUAUAGGACCUGAAAAUGAACUAGUGAUAGAGGCCAAAUAAACAUUACAUCACGAUAUCAGACUUUCAGUUGUUCGAUAAGAGUCUCUGCUCACAAAGCCUGGUUUUCAGACAGCAUUUAUUUUAUUAACUGUGUGUGUCUGUGUGUGAUGGUGAAUCACAGUCAUUGUAGGGUUCGUGUUUACUGUAGUCUCUCUGUGGCUGAUGUCUCUCAACUGCGUUUAUUGAUUCUAACUUCAGAAGGUGUGUUUUUCAGUUGCUCUGUGUGUUUUAGUGUAAGGGAGGACACAUCCAUGUCAGACAUUGUAAAAAAUAGAAAUCAGCUCAUUCUCAUGAUGUGCCGUGGCCAGUUAUAAUCACUUUGCUGUCGUUCAUCAGAUGGAAUCCAUAGCAGCAAUAUUUGUACAGUCUUGCUUUUCAGUUCAUUUUGAUUGCCUUAUUGAGAGAUCUUACUUGUAGGCCUAUCGUUUGUAUUUUUUUUUUUUUUUCACGUGCUGUUGUAUUUAUUUUCUUUCUCAUAGUUGUGUUCCUGAGAAUGUGUACAUAAAAUUAUAAAUACAUAUAUAAAGAUAUACAAAUAUAUUUUCCAUUUGAAUCGGAGAAUAUUAUUUUUAUUUGGUUUUAUUUUUGCUGCUGGGCAAGAGACGAUUGCAAUCUACAUGAUUUACUGUAUCAUAUUCCUCAGUGUGUUUAUUGAGAUGCAGCUGCUGUAUAUUUAUGGUCUAUAGACCACAGCUGUUUCUUUGUAAGAUAUCCAAACGUGGAAACGAUUUGUGGGGUUUUCUGUACAUGCAAAUCAGUAGGGAUUCUUCCAACUGUUCAGCUGUGUUGUGUACGUGUUUUCAAAUCGCGGUGUGCCCUCGUCCAAUAGGGAUAUACCUUUGCAGAGACAUAGCAUGAUUUCAAAAUGAAUAUGCAUAUCAGAAAUGUGUAUUUAUGUAUAUCUGUGUAUAUUCAUCUAUUUAUACCUGAGGAUAAAUAGAUGGCUGUAUGUGUGUGUGUGUGUUUGGACUCAAAUCAGAAUGAAUACAAAAUAAAGAAGUUCUAUGAA